AUGGCGACCGGAACUGAAGAGGAACCGCCAUAUAUCGAGGCGUUCGGCCAUAAAUAUCACCAUUCCGGUAGGAUAUUUGUGCCUUUCGAUGAAAAGGAACAGCAACGCAUGGAACUUCAGCACAAACUAUACAGACACUGCUUGAACGGAGCACUUACCGCUACACGGAUCCCUCUGAAUGUCGAGAGCAUAGUAGAUCUCGGGAGCGGAACGGGCCUCUGGCCGCUAGAGAUGGCUGUCAGAUACCCGCAAGCUAACAUUCUCGGCAUUGACAUAUCCCGCAUUCAGAGGACAACUGCCGUACCACCCAACGUCAGCUUUACUAUUGACAACGUCGAGAACCCUUGGGCUAUCCCUGCGGGUUCAGUGGACUUCCUACACAUUCGUGGUCUGGCUGGUGGCGUUUCAGACUGGCCGGCCUUAUUCAGACAGGCUUACGAGAAACUCAAACCAGGUGGCCUCCUCGAAUGGACAGAGCAGGCUAAUCAGAUAUUUGAUUUCGAUAACGAUCUUGGUGAUGCUGAACUGUGUCCCCAAUUUCUUAACUUGUGGCGCGAUCUUAGCAAACAGAAUAAUAUCGACUUCAGCCCUUCUCCUAACGGUCCCGUUUGGCUUGUUGACGUCGGCUUCGAGGCCAUAGCUCAGCGGAUCGAGAUCCUACCUAUAGGGGAAUGGGCCCAGGAUGAAAAGCUACAAACCCGGCAGAAGCUGAUGAAUCAAAUCUCUGCCGAACACUUUGAAAGUCACUGUGGACUCUUAUUUACAAACUGCGGAUGGACACGAGAAAAGUUUGACGAGAUAGCACCUACCUUUUUCAGCGAGAUUCAUGACCAGUCUAAAAAGCCAUAUACUACUAUGUAA